AUGGCACUAAAAUACCGCAGACCCGUGUCAGUUAUUCUUGUCAUGGGUAUGACUGGCGCUGGGAAGAGCAGCUUCAUCCAGCACCUCACAGACUGUGAUGUGAAGAUUGGCCACGGCAUGCUUCCAUGUGAGCGUACAUCUGAAAUUGGGUUUUAUUCUCUUACUUUGGGGAAUCGCGCCGUCACCCUCGUAGACACUCCGAGCUUCGAUGACAAAAAUCGAUCCGACUUAGAAAUCCUCCAAGAAAUUAUUUAUUUCCUAGGCUUAAUAUAUUCCAGCACAUCUGUAAAACUAGCUGGCAUAAUUUACCUGCAACGGAUGACGGGUCUUGGCAUACAGAGUUCGGCUAGGAGAUGUCAGAAUAUUAUUGAAGCACUUUGCGGGAAAAGUGCUCUCUCACACUUGGUCCUAGCCACAACGAUGUUUGAAAGCGAGAACCCUUGGGAGGAGGAGAGGAUAGUGAGGAGAUGGUUUCAAUACCACUGGGGGUUUUCACUCAAAUCUGUGGCGGCGGUGUACCGCCAUGACGACACAAAAAAGUCUGCGUGGCGAAUUCUUAAUUAUAUUCUGUCCCUCCAGGGGGGCAUGGUGUUGGAAAUCCAGCGGGAGAUGAUCGACCAGCGCAAGACCCUUGAUCAGACCUUUAUCGGCCAACAACUUCUCAAG